AUGGCGUCGACGAAGAACCUCCGGGAGUUCUUAGAGACGGCCUCCAAAGAGCCGAAGGAACAGGUUGUAGCAGGACAGGUUCCCAUGCCUCCUGUUCUUCUUUUUGCCCCCCGGCAUCACGCUGAAGAUAGGCUGCACACAGAACUGCUCGAAAUGACAGGCAAAAUCUUUCUCGAGCUGGGGGAGUCCUUGGUCAAGAAGCGAACAUACAAUCAGAUCGACACUGCCGACCAGGUGCUUCAAGCAAUGGUUGACGUGGCCAAUGCGGCCCAAACAGCCAUUGCCUCCGAAGGUAGUGUCUCGAAAUUAGUGGACGUGAGGCCAUCCCCGAACAUGUCAAUCAAUCGAGAUAUACCGAGAGAGGAUCUGCACCGGGAACUUCUGGACGUGUUGUUUUCACAUCUGAUCCAUGACAAGCGGACAUUGCGCGACUUGGACUACUUGCUUCAGAAAUUCGUGAACGCCUUCUCCCAACUCCCAACUGAUGCGGAAGGAAAACACAUCGUGUUCACCUUCUUUGUCAAUGAGGUGGACCGGAACAAUAUUGGCACUGAGCAAUCUCCAAUCUAUGAAGAUGUCCAAUCUAUCAUGUUGAACACUAUCCGCAUGCCUACGGAAGUGUAUCGUGAUCUGGUCACGAAAAAUGAGAAGCCCUUGAAAACUCCGGCGACGAACGCCACGUCCUCGAAGAAUGGGCCUGAGAGGCAUGCGCCCACAAGGGAACAGGAGGCGCCCAGAUAUUCCACUGAACAGCGGACGUCUUUCCUCGAUAUGCUUCGAAACGCUUUGGGGGCCCCCGACGCCUCAGAGUCGGACAAUGAGCCUGAACCACCUGAAGAUAAAGUCACACUGAAAAUGGACUAUCGGAUCAUCACCGCAAAGAUAAAGCCAAAGAAAUUUAAAAAAGCGCAACAAGACAUCGAUGACAGCAUGAGAAGAGUAGUGAAGCUGGGGGCGAAGGAAUAUGGAGAAAGGGUCACCAAAGUGCUGUAUGUACUUAAAUAA